GAUACAGAAGGUGUUAUGGCGGCGGCGGCGGCGGCGCUGUGCAGGCGGUUCUUUAACAUCUUGCGGUUGACGGGAGGAGCGAUUCGGGGGCCGCCAGCAGCUUCGUGCUCCAGAUUAAUCCUCAGUGAUCUACACAAGAAUGCAAGAUUCUGCCAGAUUCUCCCUCCCUGUACAUUACUUCAUACCUCCUUGCCUCGAAGUGGGCUGGAUGAAUUUUUUGAUGAUCCUGAAAACUGGGGAAAGACAGAAGUCAAAUCUGGGGAUGCCUGGACGAUAGAACAACUCCGAGGCAAGAGUAGUGAAGAUUUGCACAAACUUUGGUUUGUCCUGCUAAAAGAACGAAACAUGCUUUUAACAUUGGAGCAAGAAGCAAAGCGGCAGCGACUGCCUAUGCCAAGCCCAGAGCGCUUAGAAAAGGUGAAAGAUUCCAUGGAAAGAAUGGACCUUGUCAUUCAGGAAAGAGAAGAUGCGUUGCGGCUCUUACAGACUGGCCAGGAGAAGGAGAGACCCGGAGAAUGGAGACAGGACUUCUUGGGCCGCACUUUUUGGUACACUUUCAGGGAAUGGCCAAUCCCCUGGCACUUGAACGCAAAGCACAACAGGAAACGAUUUUACUAUUUGCCACAAGUCAACCAUUUUAUCAGGCUCAGAAUUGAGAAAUAUUUGCGCAGUGAAAUGAAGAAGAAACAGCUGGAGAAACAGACGCAGAAGAAAUUACAGAAAAGGUUCCCUCAUCUUGCCACGCAGUCUCAGAGUUAAUGUGGAAUUCAAAGUGUUACAUGUUUGAGAAGUCUGUCACACUGGUAUAAAUGGACGAGGGUGAGACUCAAGACAAUCUUUUAAAAUCAAAAUAAAAUUACUCCAUCCCUGC